GACAAAUUUGUCUUAAACGUCGGAGACCAUGAUUUAGCUGUCAAAUUGCCAUGCAAAGACCAUGGGGCCAGGGUCGCCUUGAAAGCAGCUCGGCAAAGUAUCUCGCCAAGGAGGCAGGGCGAAGGGAAACUUGGGCUCAAAGUCCAUUUGCCCUCUGGCCCCUUGCAACCAAGGUCCUUGCGUAAGCUCCCAUCUUUAACUUUUAUUGGAAAGGGACUCCCUACCUGGUUCUGGUGGAUCAAAAUUGUGUGGGCGGAAGGAGCUGAGGGGCAAUGUGAAGUCAAGGCCCCUAUUGACCUGAAGGGAUCCCUUGAUGCUGACCUUUGACUUCCAGUUCCCAACCUUCAAUUACGUCACUCUCCAAUUCUUAGCUUGUCAAUAGCUCCAAUGGAGUCGCUGACGUUUCAAUCCAGUACAUGGGGCAGCCUCAGCCAUGGCCCCAUUGGAACUACUCUCACCAAAGGCGUAGUAAAGAGUAAGGUCCUCAGAUCUGGCCCGCGCUUGUUGCCCCUAUCCAAGGUUUCACCUUCGCUUGCAUAUCAUUGGCCAACCAAUCAACGGGCCUUGCUUCCUGCCGGUUCAAGCAGCUCCUCCCUCCCCUCUUCACAAAAACCACACCUAGCCCGGCGCCUAAGUACUAGGUUAUCCAGUCAGAAGAAGCGAGCGACAAAUCGCAGCGCACCAAUCCGGGCAGAACAGGGGGCUUCCGUAACUCCCCGACGUGAAGCUCCCACAGCAAAGGCCGCCUUCUUUGAUGUUGACGGCACGAUUGCCAAAACCAACAUCGUGUGGCCCUAUGUGUACUUGCGCCUGCGAGAACUAUCCAUGCUGGCGCGCGUGUUUUGGGUGCCGUACUUCACAACGCUCUCAGUCCUGUACCGGCUGGCUGACAAGAUCGACAGAGGACUGCUCUGCCGCUUCUUCUACUUCAAUUAUCGCGGCAGGCCCGCGGCGGCCGCGUGCGAGUGGGGCAAGUUCGCAUACGAGGAGUACAUGAGACCAAGAGUGUUCCAGGGCGCAAUCCAGCGCAUCCGCGACCUGAAAGCGGCAGGCUUCCGGGUGGUGCUGGUCACGGGCUCGCUCAGUUUCAUGAUUGCGCCGCUCGCGGCAGAGAUCGACGCAGAUGACGUCAUUGCGGCAGACCUGGUCGAGAGGGACGGCAGGUUCACGGGCGAGAUGGCGGGCGCCGCGUUCAACGGAGAUGACAAGGCAGUGAUUGUGAAGGAGUAUGCCGUGCAGCACGGGAUCGACCUCCGGAGGAGCCACGCCUACGGGGACAGCAUCGCGGACCUGGGCAUGCUGGAAAGCGUUGGGCAUCCCCACGCGGUGCUGCCGGACAAGCGGCUGCGCCAGAUUGCAGAGCUCCGAGGCUGGCCUCUUGUGACAGAGUGGGCCAUCGAGGAGAAACCGCCGCACCCUCUUACCAGAUUGUGGGUGUAGGAGUGUCGACAUCCAUUGUACAAUUGACUGCACAGAACAAAAGUAGAGCUAGGGAUUGACAGAAACUUUGUACAGCGAGUUGUGUUGCAGAGAGAGUUGAGAGUAGCUGAUCAUGUUUUGAUGAUCUAUUUAUAGCAAAUGAAAGUGUGCCAGUGUGGCAGCUGGAUAAGCAUUUGUGUACAUACUUUUGAAGCUCAGGACAUUUGUAGCUCAGGCCUGGCAUCUUCAAGUCAGCUGGGACCGCAGAAAAGCAAUUGAACAGAACUUGCAUGAGUGAAAUGAGAGACUGGUGUGUACCUAUACUCGGUAAGCCCGGAUUGAGAAAAGGGCUCACGCAUACAACAAGUGGCCCAAAAUUUAAACGUUCGGCCCUGCAAAUGAUCCUCGG